AAAAAAUUUAAUUCUAAAAAAAUGGGCAAUCUAACAGGAGCCUGUACAGGAUCCGAAAGACAAAAAGACCAAGACGUUUCUUCUAUAGAUCAAUCUAAGACCAUCACAAUUGAAACUUGUGAAGAAAAUCCCUGUCCAAGUUUCACUGAAGAGACUAAGACAAAUACUGGGAAUUAUAACCCAAGCAGGAACAAAAGGAGGACUCUGAAGAAGAUACAGCAGACAGAGUUCCCUAGGGAUCAGGAAGAGGAUAAGUCGUUUUGUAGUUUUGUGGUGAAAGGAAUUGAAUGAGCCAGAAUGUUCGAGAAUGGAGUUAAGAAUUGAUUUUAGAGGAUAAGGUUUGCAAGUGGGCCA